GUCAGCUGGUCACCUCCAUUGUCAAAUGUUGUCAAAGUUCUUCGAACUUGCCAAUUUUUAUUGAAUGAAAAUGACGUAGAUUUGAUACAAUAACAAUAAUUAGAUUGCAUGUUGCUGUAAUUGUAUUGAUUUGUUAAAAUACUAGUCUGAAAAAUAGUACCAACAUGUUCUGCUGUUUAAAAGGAUGCAUCAAUGGCUUCAGCCUUACGCCAAGUGUGCCAAUUCGUAUCAAAGAGAAUCCAGUUCAGCUGGAUACUUUGCAUAUGGGACACGAAGUGGUCGUUGUAAAAGGUGGUCAACGCGUCUGUGGAUCUGGAUGCGCGCUGGGGAAUGCCCCUCUGGUCCAAAACAAGGCGUAUUUUGAAGUGAAGCUGCAGCAAGGAGGAGUGUGGGCUGUAGGCCUGGCUACUAGAGAAACAGACGUCAACCGUGUCCAUGGUGGAGUGGACAAAGAGUCUUGGUGUUUGAAUAGCGAUGGCACAGUACGAAACGCAAACGUGGAACUGUACCACCUUACAGCUGCCCCACGAGACUCACCCACAGCGGACUUGCUAGUCUCAACAGGCUCUCCGAGCCACACCGAAAACGAAAAGACAAAUGAUAACGCUACCACAGCUGCUACGAUGCCGGUAGAGGGCGACACUAUCGGCGUUGCUUACGAUCAUGUGGAGUUGAACUUCUAUUUGAAUGGCAAAAAUAUGGAGAUCCCCGUCACUAAUGUUAAGGGGACUGUUUACCCAGCCUUAUAUGUUGACGACGGCGCAAUCCUAGAUAUAAACCUAGACAGUUUCUUGUAUCCGCCGCCUCCUGGCUACGAGAAGAUUAUGGUGGAACAAAGCUUGCUCUAACAAACAACAAACCUAGUAAUAUAAGAACAUGAGUGUGCUGUGGACAAUGGAACUCUAACGCGUGCUUUUGUCUCGUGAUUCUUAACCUGCGGCUUUACACUGUAUUUAUAUUUAUAAGCUGAUCUCAGUGUGUCGUCACUGUAGGCCUGUGCCUCUAGCACGAAAAACUUUCGACUUCGAAUUGUUUGCGUAUUCAAAUCGUCAUCAAAGAUUUAGUAUGAAAACUUAAACAGAGCCCCUC